CGCGAAUUGGCGGAGAAAGAGCGAAUCCGUUUUCGCUCGUCGAUAGAAACUUAGUUUCGGCGGCAUUAUGAAUUUUCUACGGAUGAUGAAGAAUAAUUCGUUGAUUUUUCUUCUAUUGAUAGGAGUAGUGACAUCAGUACCUUAUUAUGGAGCACGAAUUGGAAAAUUCAGCACUCAUUUUCAUGACGUAAGAGGAGAAGUGUAUGCUGUAGAUGACAAAACUUUGUUCAUUAAAGGAUUUAAUUACGGUGGAAAAGGACAAGAUGCUGUCUUUUGGUCUGGAAACUCGAUCAGGCCCGACACCACUGGAUUUAUCAUUCCAAAUCAUAAGGCUUCAUUUCAACCAUUAUCCCAGUAUAAUAAUCAGGAUUUGAUACUGCGUUUACCAGAGGGGAAGAAAGUUAAUGAUAUUCAUUGGCUAUCAGUUUGGAGCAAAAAGCACUCUACAAGCUUUGGAACUUUAAUUUUUCCCAAAAGUCUUGUACCUCCACGACCAGUAGUGAUUGGACCUUUGGUGAAUACAAAGAAAGGAGUCUCUUCCGGAGAUAUUUUGGUAUUGGAUACACAAACCUUUUUAAUUCCAGACUUCAGCUAUGAUGGAUCUGGUAAAGGAGCUGUUUGGUGGGUAUCCAGAGGGUUAAAACCUAAUAUGGGUGGCAUUCGUCUCAGAGAAGAAGGUGGCAGUGAUGCUGCUUUAGAAGCUCAAAAGAAUAAAAUAGCUGUUAUUACCCUGCCUGACGGACAUUCUGUAUCCGAUUACACCAUUUUGAGUGUAUUUAGUGCAGAAGAUAUAGAUGAUUAUGGAUCAGUGAGGAUACCUCAAGAUCUCAAAGUGCCCCCGUCCCCACGCACAUUAACCACUCAAGAAGAGCUUGAAACGGGAAAAUUUAAUUGCGAAAUGCUAAACGAUAAUUUGGGAUUGGAAGUGAGAUGGCUUAUCACUGGAGAUGAAAUCACCAUACGACUUGUUGGAAACAUAGAUUCAUCUGAAUACAUGGCUUUGGGUUUAAGCAAAGAUGACACGGAAACUAGAUUUGAUGCAUCCGAUGCUGUUGUUGCUUGGCUCGACUCAAGAGGCCACGCUGUGGAUUAUUUUCUGGAAAAUAUGGAAAAGUGUGAAAAUGGAUAUGGAAUGUGUCCCGAUGUUUUGCGGGAAGGAUCUGAAGACAACCUAACGCUAUUAGAUGCUAUCAGGUUAAAUAAGACAACAAUUAUUACUUUCAAACGUCAUCUUUCAACAGAUGAUAAAAAAUAUGAUCAGAACAUAUACACGGACGGCCCACAAGCUAUUUUAUGGGCCGUUGGCUCCAUUCAAAAUGAUGGAUUGGCUGGUCCUCCAAGACUUCAAACUCGAGGAAAUCUACUCUUGGAUUUUGGCAGAGAACCUAACUGGAAUUGUCCUCCACCUGAGGAGGAAAUCUUCUCUGCUGUUAGAACACACGAAAACGAUUUUGAGUCGUCUCUAACAAGGGAAACUUUGCAGUCAAGCCUUGAUAAGCAUAACGUUAUCCAUUGUCCGAGUGAUAAAAUUUUCCGAGCACAGAUGGGUGUAUCGCCCAGCACAGGACAUAAAGUUUGGUUCAUAAAUGGUCGUCCUACUCCUCAUUUGACUGUUCAAAGAGGAAUGACCUACACUUUCAUUGUAGAAGGAGGAAUGAGUCCCCCGAAUCACCAUCCUCUAUAUAUAACAAACAGUAAUGAAGGAGGAAUCUAUCAAAAUAUUUUAGAGGCUAAGGAAGGUUCUGAACAGUUAUAUGCAGGUGUACAACGAGAUCCAUUGACGGGUUCUUACCUACCAACUGCUGAAGGCAGAUUCUGUGAAUGGAGCGUUUCCGACCGAGAUCCAGAAUUUGCUGUCAUUGCUGACUCUGAUACACAGUCUUCAGCUCUAAUACUCAACUGUGAAGACGGAAAAGCUGGAACACUAACAUGGACUCCAAAUGCUGAAACUCCUGACACUGCUUAUUAUCAGAGUUUUACGGAGAGGAAUAGAGGGGGAAAGAUUAGCAUAGUAGAUUUUUGCGAAGAAACAAAUCCGCAUUAUUACUUAGAGAAUGAACCUGAAAAUGAAAAAGGAUACACACAAGGCAAAAAAUGGAUUAAGACUGCUUUGGAAAGAGAGGACGACGCAAGUGAUUUAACAUUUCUCCUGAAUACAAAGGAUAUUGUGGAAAGUUCCAAGAAAGACAACAUUGGAAGAAAUGACAACUUAAGCGUCAUUGCAGGCAUUCAUAACUUCCCUGAUAUUAUUAAUCAUGGAGAUUCAAAAGAGAUUCAGCAGUUUAGUAGUAUUGAAGAUAUGAUAAACUAUUUUGGGAUACCUGACAAACAUGGUUCUAGUCGUGAGGAUCUAUCAAAAAAGCCUCUAAAGUCAACUGAUGAAAUUGAAAAAGACGGUUUCAUUGCAUCUGAUUCCUUUAAAUCUUUAGUACCAGAUUCAGCAGUGAAUUCUCAACAACCACACGAUGAAUCUGAAAGAUCUGAUAAAAUUUUUAAUCAACGCUUGAAUUCGCAAGGCACAGCUGCAAGUGUCAACAAAAUCAAAAAUUACCAUGCACCUGAAUCUUCACGUGCAAAAAGACCACAAAACGUUGCUGUACCACCAAACCGUCAGUCACAUAUAACUCAACCACCACCAGAUUUUAAACCACAAUUUGAAGGUGGCUUUGUGCCUUUGGUUAUGAAUUCAGAAAAAGAAAAAGAAUCCGUUAUAUCCAAAGAUUUCGCUCUGCCACCUGCUCACUUACGAAGACCUCACAGACCAUUUCUUUUCAAUGAAUCAAUCCCUUUUCAUGGCACUUUCAAACCAGGAGUCCCGGACUUCAGUGGUUUUAAUAUCUCAAAUUAUUCUCAAGAAGACUCAUCUUACCCUCUAAAUCAUCUCCAAGAUAAUCUGCCACUUCUUUCCAUGCCAAAACCUCAAAUUAUACAAAGACCUCUCACGAUUGUAAAUGGUUUGCCUCCAGAGCUGAUGCACAGACCAAAGGGACCAUUUGAACGACCACAAAUAUUUCGUUAUCCUCCACGGCAACAAAAUCCAGGUUUCGGAGGGCAUCAACAGAGAAUUUUUGCUCAACUUCCAUUAAGAAAUCACCCAUCUAUUCGUCCUAUGCUGAUUUCCCAUUCUAGUGACGAAGACCUAAGUGAAGGUUCUUCCCAAAGGGUUCAAGUAGCCCUUCAGCUACCAGGAACUGAAAAGAAGAAUAACGAUUUAUCUAUUUUGCAAAUAAUGCGUGUUCCUGGUCUGAAACAUCAACCUGAAAUUAAAACAAACAAAAUAGUUCCACCUAUAAUUCAGCGUCGGCCUGAUUUCGUAGAGGAUACCACAUCUGCACUAAAUUCCAACAGACUUAAACGACCUAUGCAAGGUAAACCCUUCUUGCAAAGAGCGCCAAAUAAUAAACUGAUUGAGCCUCAAGGAAUGCAAACACCUUCUCAGUCUGGAAAUUUACGACUUCCGUUAAAUAUACAACGUCCUCUUCCUGUUGCAAAGCAGAAUUUCAAUGCCCCAGGAAACGGCUUUCGUCGCUUACCUUCAGUACCACCUAGACAACGGCAUCCUUUCUUACAAAGACCUUCGCAAGAAAGAUUCCCUAAUCUAUCGAAUUUUCAAAAAAAUGUUGCACCAAAACAACACAUUGCAAACGUCCCUGAAAUAGAGAUUAUUGAAAUUCCAGAUGGUCCAAAAAUUUCAAAUAAUGUAAAGAUGCUAGGAAAUUUAGACGAGCUUAUGGAAACCAUUGAAACUAAUGCUUUGUUAUCUAAAGAAAAACAUGAACAUCCCUUAUUUUUAAAAUCAGACCCAGAACCUACGAAAAACGGGCAACCGCAGCUAUUAGUUUUGCGUCAACAAUUAACGAAUCCAGGUUCAGUAUUUCCAUCUAUGCAUCAAAGCUUUCCUGGAACAAUCCGCUUGAAUAUUGAUGAAGAAAAGAACAUUAAGCUUGUACAAACCUCAUUUGCCAAUCAUAAACCAAAUGUGUUCCCUCACUCUUCAUCAAAAGAUAUUCAAAUAGACCCCCCUAAAGAUUUGCCGAGUACAAAAGUUGAAAAUAUUCCAACAAUAUCACCUGUAGCGUCCUCGAAGUUAGAAUCGGCACUAGAAACAUCUAGCUAUAAAAAUGAAAAUUCCAAAAAAGUAUCAAUUGAACAACAGUCGGUGGAUUUAAUAAAAAAUGCAUCAGAAGUUUCUGAGCAAUUUAUAGAUGCUAUUGUCAGCUCCAACAAACAAAAAGAUAUAAACGAACAAGCUGGAGUUUUGCACGAGGAAGGGGAUAAUGAAGAAACUAAAGCAGAACUUCAUCCAAGUGAGUUCGGGAAGCCGAAUUUGAGUUUUCUCAAUUCUAAGCUCAAAGGUACUAAUAUUCAGUCAGAUGAAACAGAAGCAUUGAAGCCUGAAUGGGAGAUGGUCAGUAUUGAGCAAGAUGAUACACAAGAUUUUGAAGACGAUGAGUCUACUGAUUCGGAUUAUAUUGACUAUAAUGUUCCAUUCGGAGCUCGAUUAAAAACUACUCUAAAUGGAGCAAUAUUCCAUACAAAACCUUCAUUUGAAAUUCCUAAGAAACCAGAUUCGUUUAGGAAGCUAUAUUUACCUAUUCCACUGGCAAAAAGUACCAAUUCAAAUGCUGAAAAAUUCCCAACUUCAACCACCAUCACCAACAUUCCUAAAGCUGCUUUCGAUAAGACUCCUGAAGGCAUUGUUUUAAAACCUUCACUCCAGUCCAACAUAGAAUUUCAUUCGGAAAUAAACACAGCUAAUGCAUCACCUUCACUUCUUGGUUCAAACUCAUCAUCACAAAAUAGUGCAUUCAAUUCAUCUUUGUAUUUUAAUUAUGAAUCGCCGUCAAGAGGUCCUUCUAACGUGCCAUUUACAUUACCAGAAGAUUUUGUGUCAAAAUACCCAGGUAGAAAAAAUAUUCUACCAAGUGUUGACAGUCCAGGUCAACCCAGCUUUCCAGCAAAAGUUCCUGAUAACAUAAAUCUUCCCCAUAUCUCUGAAAAUCCGCCAACACACGAUAAUGGCACAGAUUACUCGAUAUUAAAUCAUAUACUGACUCUCAUAGGAGGUUCACCCAACCAUAACUAG